GUUGGGAGUUUUUUGAGUCUUGUCGGAGAUGAAGAUAGGGGCGGUUCGGGAGUGUUGGGUUGUGCGAACUCCGGUAACUCCUCCGGCGGUUCGCGGCUUAAUUCGCCGGAAUGAAAAGCCGCAGCAGCUCGGGUUUCCUCUCUCGAAGAGGAUGUCUCGUAGUGUGGUAAUGGAGGUUCAAGGAGGGAGAGGAUAUGAGUCUCCAUGGGAUGAAAAACCUUAUGAAACUCUUCCCACUGGGAAAAAGGUUUACGUUGACGAAUCUGAUGUUGUAACGUUUCUUGAUCCUCCCAAGGAGUUGAUUCCAUUGGACCCUACUUCAUAUAACUCAGCUGCUUAUCUCUGGAAAAAGAUUGAAGACAUCCCUGAAGAGAGGCGCCCCCGCUUGCUGCAAUUUAUAGAGCCAAGGCUUAUAUCAAGAGCGUGGGAAAUAGCAGGCGCUCGUUAUGAAAAUCCAAAGCUAGCUAAAAUGACUGCAUCAAAGUUGUUCUCUACUGGAGGAGAUACGGAAAUUUCACUUGAAUACUUUAACUGCCGAACAAGUAAUGGUCCACUAAUCAUAUCUUGGAUAAGAUCUUUCAAGAUGGCUGUGUUUUCCUCCAACAAUGGACAAAUCUAUGGGCGUGUUUGUGGUGGACCGAUAGUCUCAACCCUUGCCAAUGCUUUCAGCCCACUAUACUUUGAUGUCACAGAAGCUAUGGAAGUUAUGGCCACAGAAGAACCCUGCGACAUAGCCUGCAGAUUUGGUGAUGGGCUUCUUGCCACUGAAGAUUACCCACAAGGGUUCCCUCGACCAGCCAAGCAUCCGUAUCCGUUCAACGACAGUGUUGUCAUAUACAUACGACAUAUAGGUCCUGGUGUAUGCGUAGGGCAGGCAUGGCAAGAAGGCAAAGAACUGCAACAAGUUCCUCAAAGAUUGUGCUCCGACAUUCUUAUGGUCAAACAAUACAAUUUAAAUUAAGAAGGGCUUUUGUCAGUUUUAGAUUGGAGAAUGUUUCAAGUUGGCUUGGAGAGCCUUUUUUUUUGUUAACUUGUAUAAAAAGCUUUAUAUUUGCGGUAUAAAAGCCGAGGAGUUAUAACAUAGCUUAUAGUUUAUCUGGAA